AUGGAGUCGUCAAUAGUGGACAGCUUCGCUGCAGCCACCGUGUCCUUGACGGCUCAGCAGAGACGCGACCUUAUGCGCCACUGGCUGCGAAGCUUGGCAGCUGCGGUGAAGUACCUCCCUCGGCAAGAGGCCUCUCUAGGCGUGUCUGAGGGCGUCGAUGCUGACCGCUUCUCGCCGCGAUCAUCGCGACGUGCACGCCAUGACGCGCACGAAGGUGAGACCUGGUCGGGUGCCUCACCGUACUUCUCUCUCCCGACCAGUGAUCUCCUGUGUGUAUGCCUGCGCGAGUGUGCGAUGGCUGACCCGACAACCGGACCCGAUGUGCUGCGCGAGUUGCUCCUCUGCGCAGUAAAGCUGGAGCUUGGUGAGGUGGAAGUGCUGAAGCACAUUGUCCACGUCCUCACGAGCACCGAUGUGUGCCGUCAUCGCACGUCCUCGGAGCAGGUGGAGUUGCUAAACAUUGUGUCGCUCGCAGUGAAGCGGUGCAAGCUACCCCUGCCGCCUCUUGAUCGCGUCGUGUGCGUCCUGGUGGGAGCGACGCUAAGCGCCCGCGAGAACCUUGUGGUGCUCUCCUCUAUUCACCGCCUACAACACAUGCACGCCACGGACACGGUUGCCGCGGUUUCGCGGAGGGCCGCCACGCAGACUCGCGAGUACAACAUCAAGGAUGUGGUGUAUGGGCUGGAGGUCGCAGCGCUGCUUCCCGGGUGCAAUGAGGUCUUUGUGGCGAGUGUACUGCUGCGCGCAGGCGAGUUAGCGCCACACAUGUCUCCGAAGCAGCUGGGCGCCGUGUGCAAAUAUGUGUCGCUGCUCAGCCCCACCCGGAAGCAGAACACACUUUCCUACUCAUGUGGCAGGGAGCUGCGCGCGCUCCUGCCGUCGCUGGUGGAGCGGACGGAGCAGCUGCUAGGUCGCUUCCGCCUCCACGAGGCACGACACGUGCUCCGCUGCUUCCGCGAGCACAAGGUGCGCCAUUCCCUCAUCUUCUCCCGUCUCACCCCAAUCGCCGAAGAUGGCUGA